AUGGCGAGAGGGAGGGGGAGAGGGCGAGGAAGACCCAAAAAAAUUGUCAUUACCAGCUCAGAAAGACCAACUACCACACAUAGCAAACCAACAGAAAAGGAGACUGAUCUGCAAACGCCAGACCUAGAACUUAACUCGGACACUAGAGCUCAAUGGAGGAACACUGGGGGUGUGUCUAGCUCAGGAGUUUCAAAGAAGCUAGAUCUCACAACACCUCCAGCUUCUGCGUCAAAAGUGCAAUUGGAGGAAAAAACGAAGGAUCAGGGUCUGCAUGCUACAGUAGCUAAUGCAACAGUAACAAUUGCGGAGGAAGAACAAGGAGUGAUGAAACCAGCCUUAGUGACAAAAGAAGUAGGCCCUAAAACAUGGUCUAAUCUAUUCCAGAAGAACAGAUCUGCAGCAAAUGGUAUGUCUCUCUCAUAUAUUCCACCGGAAAUUGUCAAUGGUCAAGUAAUUGUGCAAUUGGAUAAGGAAGAGGUUGAAUCUGAAACUGAGAAGUGGAAAUGUGCCUUAAUUGUAUACAUUCUAGGAGAUACCCCAGGAUACAACACUAUGAAGAGAUAUAUAAAUGUUAAUUGGGCAAGUGUGAGGGAACUAGAUGUAUUUCUUCAUGAGGAAGGUUAUUACAUCAUCAGAUUUCACUCUAAAGCUGAUAUGAAAGAGAUUUACUAUUCUGGACCGUAUACAAUUAACAAUAGGCCUAUAAUUUUGAAGCCCUGGACUGCAGAAAUAGCAAGUGCAGUUGGAACCCCUAUUUUUGCGGAUGAAUGCACAACUAAGAAAACCAGGAUCUCAUAUGCUAGAAUGUUGAUAGAGGUUAAUGUGACUAGACCUUUGAAGGAAGAAAUCUGGGUUAGAGAUCCAAAGGGGAAACAAUUCUUGCAAGAUGUCUACUAUGAGUGGAAGCCUAAAUUCUGUGAGCAGUGUCAAAAGGUUGGCCACUCAUGUGCUCCUCAUGGUACUGGUACUAAGCAGGAUGGUAAGCAGCAGAUUAAUCAAAAAGGCAAAGCAAGGGAGGCUAAGAAAGUGACUAUGGAAUGGAGAACUAAAGGAAAGGUGCAGCAAAAUGAUACUCAAUCUGUACAAUCCAUACCAGUUGAGCAACAGAUGCAACAACAGGCAACAGAGGUUCAACAGAAGGCAAUCAUCUCAGCAAAGUCCAGGCCUGAAAGUAGCCAAGGACAAUAUGAGACAGCACCACCAAGUAGCCCAAGUAAAGUUAUACUGAGUAACCACAAUCGAGGGAAACAAGUGGAGUGCAGUCCUGAGUUUAACUUGACAAACUUUCCACUAUUGUCUACUGUAAAACUGAGAAAUCCAUUUGAGGGGAGGAGGACACCUAACAUGCUAACUAAUUGGCUAUUCUGGAAUGUGAGGGGAGUCAAUAAGAGGUAUAAACAGAAGGAAUUGGCUAACUAUAUCAAAAGCAAAAAUGUCAAGAUAGCUGGCCUAAUGGAAACCAGAGUGAAAGAACACAAUUUCAAGAGAGUUACUAAAGCUAUUGCACCUGAUUGGGAAGGGAUAAAUAACUACCAAUAUGCUCAAAAUGGUAGGGUGUGGGUAUUAUGGGAUCCAAGAUGGUAUAGUGUGAAGUUACUCAAAGCUGGGGAUCAAUAUGUGCAUUGUCAAAUUACAGAUAAUGUAGGAAAGAUAGACUGCCUAAUAACAGUAGUCUAUGGACAUAACACAAUUGAGCAAAGGAAGGCACUAUGGGCAGAGGUUCAUAAAAUGGCUGCAAACAUAACCACUCCUUGGUUAAUUGGAGGAGAUUUCAAUGCAGUUCUAUAUUCCCAAGAUAGACUAAUGGGCAAUCCUAUAACAUAUGCUGAAACUCAAGAUUUUGCUAACUGCAUUCAAACUCUGCAGUUGAGUGAAUUGCUAUGGAAGGGUGAUUACUACACUUGGUCGAACAAACAAGAUGGCACUGACAGAAUCAGAAGCAGAAUUGAUAGGAUGUUUGGAAAUUUUGAGUGGAUGAUGCAAUGGGGACAGGUUUUACAAAUAGUGCAAGAAGUAUGGGAGCAGAAUGUGACAAAGUGGAGAAUGCAGAAUAUAUGGUUGAAAUUGAAAACCUUGAAAGCUAGACUUAAAACCUUAAAUAAUGAGGAGUGUAGAUCUAUUGCUUACAAGAUUGAUAGGGCUCGUGGAGAACCACAAGAGAUACAAGAGAGGAUUAUCACUAACUAUACUGAUGGCCUGCUGGAGCAAGAGAAAAAUGCCCUUCAUCAGAUGGAAAAAUGGUCUCUUAUACAGGAAAGUGUCCUAAAGCAAAAGUCUAGAGCAAGAUGGAUUAAGCUUGGGGAUUCUAACUCCAAAUACUUCUCUGCUAUGUUGAAGGAGAGAAAUCAAAGGAAGCAGAUUAAAGAACUCACAGCCCUAGAUGGUCAGAAGCUGAAUGAUGCUGAUAAGAUCAAACAUGAAAUCAUUGAAUUCUACAAAUCAUUGAUGGGGACUGCAGCAACAAAUCUACCCUCAAUAAAUAGGGAGAUCAUGAAGCAAGGGCCUGUGCUAUCCCAACAGCAAAGAAGGCAACUAGUUGCAGAAAUAUCUGAUCAAGAAAUAUUUGAAGGACUGCAGAAUAUAGGGGAGGACAAAGCUUCAGGAAUAGAUGGUUACAAUGCUUGCUUUUUCAAGAAGACAUGGCCUGUUAUCAAAGUGGAGAUCUGUGAAGCUGUUAAGGAAUUCUUUAGUACUGGGAGACUGUAUAAGGCACUUAAUGCACUACCCGCACACUAA